GGAAGGGUGAGGAGGGGGGAGACGUGCAUCCACAGCCAGGAGCCUCUGCGGAGCGGACACGCGUGUUUUUCAUCAUGUAGGAGCAGAAAGACGAACAAACUGCAGCUUCAGCUCCGAACUUCAGCAUGAAGCUUCUCUGACACAAACAGCGGCUGACGCACUCGGAUUUUUUUUUUCUUUUCUGCAGAGGAUUAGAAUAAAAACGCAGGUAAGCUCGUCUCGGGCUCCUCUGGAGGUGACUGGAUCUGAUUUCCUCCCUGCAUCAAUGUUUCACGCGCGACCCGGAGUCCAGGAGCAGAAAAUGGCAACCGCAGAGUUCUUCUUCUUCACUUUGUGGAUUGCCGCCGUCCUCACCCCUGGACUCAGCUGCCCGGAGCUCUGCACAUGCUCAGAUAAAUACAGCCGCCAUUUUGCUGAAUGCUCCAACAAAGACUUGGUUGAAGUCCCGGACGGUUUGCCUCCAAAUGUUACAACUUUGAGCCUCUCCGCUAAUAAGAUCAGUUUGAUCCCACUGGGGAGCUUCGAUAACAUCACCCGAGUGACCUCCCUGUGGAUGGCCCACAACGAGAUCGUCUCCAUCGAACACGGGACCCUCUCGCCUUUGGUUCACCUGCGCAACUUUGACAUCAGCCACAAUAAACUCAUAGACUUCCCCUGGGAGGACCUGCAGAACCUCACGGCUCUGGAUAUGCUGAAGAUGAACCACAACGAGAUGGUCCACCUGCCGAGGGACGCCUUCGUCAACCUCAAUGACCUGAGAUCCCUCCGACUCAACAACAACAGGUUCGUGACCAUAGUUGAGGGGACGUUUGACAGUUUGGUGGCUUUGUCGUAUCUGCAGAUUUACAGCAACCCCUUCUCCUGCACCUGCUCCCUGGACUGGUUCAGAGUCUGGAUCUCUACAACCACCAUCACAGUGCCGGAGCAGAAUUUGAUCAUCUGCGCAACUCCUGACAAACUCAAAGGCAAAGCGAUUGGGAAUCUGCCGGAGUCAAAGUGUACGAGCCCGAAUGUCGUAAUACGAUCUGAGCCAAACACAAAACUCCACGAGGACAGUAAACUGGUUUUGACUUGUGAGUUCAAAGGAAACCCAAAGCCGCUGGUGAUCUGGAACAUUCAGAGCAGAAGCCUGAAACAGGAGGUGCCUUUGUUGUUCACUGAGGAUGACUCUGCAGAGUCUAAAGAGGAAUCCUUAACGUCCCACGAUUCUGUUAAAGUCUUCAAUAAUGGGACUCUUCUCAUUUCAAAGCUCAGAAAGGAAGAUGGUGGCAACUAUAGCUGCUCUGCUACGAAUGAGUUCGGCAAAGACGAGGAUUUGGUGUUAGUUGAGGUUGUGGCAUUGCUAAAACCGACACCUGUUGAAGAAACAACCACAGCAGUGACUUACACUCAAACAAACCCACCUAUACUUGAAACAAUGGGCAAAAUAUCCAUCUUUGAUUCUGUGCGUCUCCCUGAUUUAAAGACAAAAGACAUCGUGAACGUCGUACCAACUUCUCCUCCGACCCUAGAUGUCGAGACCUACGAGGACGUGACAAGAUAUCCGCCACGUUCGAGCAAAUGCAGCUUGACGCCGAACACGAGAUACGCUUCAAGCCAUGUCUUCAACGGCAGCCUGGACGACAUCAAGCAGUACACAUUCGACUUUGGUGUCAUUGCAUUAGGGGUGUCAGAAACUGAGGCGACAGUGCGGCUCAAUCCUCUACUCAUACCCAGAGACAAGAGCACCAACCAGGCCGCCUCAUCUGAGAGCUUCGAGGCUGACAGUGAGGAGGACGACGGCCUCUCAGAUGCCUCCGAAGAAAUCCAUUCAAACGGCUUGUAUUUGUGCAUCACUGCUGACCGCAAACACUCAGCGGUGCAGUGGUCGAGGAUCGAGGAGGGCGUCAACAUGUACCUGUUCACUGAUUUGCGUCCAGGCACCAACUACUCGCUGUGUCUGACCUACCGAGGGGAAGACUGUGAGGUCCAGGUGCUGUUCACCACCAGGAGGAAGGUGCCCAACCUGCUCAUCAUCAUCUCGGUCAGCAUCUGCCUCCUGACCGUCUCCACCGUGCCGCUGCUCGGCGCCACCUGCUUCCACCUGGUGUACAAGUACCGCAGCAAGACCUACAAGCUGAUCCUGAAGGCCAAAGACCAGUACCACAUGGAGAGGAACCUCGCCGCCAACUUUAACCUCCACGCUCCGCAUACCGAGUCCCAGAGGAAGAUCAACGGCAGCCAGCUGGACGAGGAGGAGGGCGAGACGGAGAGCGCAGACGAGGAGAAAGAGGCCGAUACCGAGGAGAGUGUGGUGACGGAGUCUUUUUCUUUGUCUCAGUGCAGGAAUCUAGACGACUGCGAGAUGGGAUCAGAGUACAGCGACCGGCUGCCUCUGGGAGCUGAAGCAGUGAAUAUUAUAAGCAACUACAAAUAUCCAAAUCAGUAACUGGUGACACAUUGUGCAGCUUUUAUUUAUUUUUUAUUUUUUCGCAUUUAGUCAUAACCAGUAUUUUCUUCUGCUUGUGCCAACUCGUUAGGUUCUGUUUAGCUUUGCUGAAAUACAGUGAUCAGACCAACUAUAUGUAUUCACUUUGAACCACAAGUCGAGCUACAACAUUGAGUGACUGAGCUGCAGUCAGCUGUCAGGCGCUAUUGAUUGUGAGUGGAAAUUUUCCAGACAAACAAUGUAGUGAGAGCUGAACUAGGCCUUGUUUAAGUCCAUAUGUUGUUAUAGCUGGAAAUAAUCCAGCUUGAUUUCUUCCUUCAAAACGUUUCUUUGUCAUUCUUGCUUGUACCAUUGGGAAAACAAGCUCACAGAAACUGCACAUAAAAGCAAAUAAGACAAGACGUGUUUGUUCCAGAGAGAAACUGCAUGACCCACCAUGAAAGCAGUUAAUGUCUGUGCAGCUUCUUGUGUUUUAAUAAUAGUUUUCUAUUUUGGGAAAUGUGCUUAUUUGAUUUCUUGACAAGUAAGAACAUCUGCACCAUUUUUACUCAGCCACCCCCAGGAGACCAUUAGCUUAGCCUAGCAAAGGUAAACAGUCACCUUUUUAUUCAUCUAGUUGGUUUACUGAAAACAUAGAGAGAGCAUGCUCUUCUUUUAAUAACAGAUAAUACUACAAAUCUUUAAAUGUGCAUCUGGAUCCAGAUUUGCAUUAAAAUACACCUAGUGAUAGACAAUCAAGGGAUGCAUGUAUCAGAUAUUUUAAAUUGUAACAGAGCAGGGAAUUUUUUUCUUCUCAUUGUCGCCAAAGUGCUUGCUCAAAGGGAAUCUUUUGGAUUUGUUGGGUUUCUCUCAACAAUAUAAGUUCUUAACGUUACUAUGUGAAGUGCCCUGAGAUGUCAACUGCAAUAUAGAAAUAAAAUUGAAUUGUAUUGAAUAAGAAACAAAAUCUAACUACAUGUUGUAAAAAAAAAUCUUGGAUCCGGCUGUGCUUUUUGGUCCAUGCACCUGCUCAGCAAAAUUAGGUUUCAAAAUACAGACAAGUGACAAAUUAAAGGAAAAGCCAAUAUAAAAUGUCUUGGUCAGGUAUUCCCUCAUUUGGUGUUUUGAUGAUGGUGGUAAGGAGUUCUGUCCAACACAUUGGAUCAAAAUCUUCUAUAUGUGUUCAGUUGGGUUGAGAUCUGUUGCCAGUGAAGGUUAUAGCAUCUAAUUCAUAUCUUUUUCAUCAAAGUGACCUCCUGUGUUCUAUACAUGGAGACAUUGUCAUUCUGGAAAACACUAGAAAUCUGUUUUCACAAGACCCAAGUGAUCACUGAGAACAACUUUAAAUUGAUUUGCAGUGACCCUUUCCUCUAAAGGAACCAAAUGGACCCAAACCAUGCCAGAAAAAUGCCCACAGCAACACCGUAGGGGUCCAAGGUUCUGGUUUUUCCUUUAAUUUAUCAGCUAUGUUUCUCAGCUGAUAGAAAUAAAGAAAAAGGGGGAAGAUAUAACUUCUCCAACAAGGCAGUUAACAAGAUAAUCGUUAGUUUGGGAAUCCUUUAUACAGUAAAGCAGCAAAAUAUAGCAACAGCAACAAUUUGAAGGCACUCAUUGACUCACCAGUACUUCUUUCCUUAAAAAAUAGAAUAGGUCCUAUUUAAUUGUUAACAUUUUUAUUUGAGUCUCACUAGUACUGUUCCUUUCAUCAGCACAGAUGCCCAGAGGAAUAGCUGGAAGUCGAUUGCAGAAAAUAAUUCCAAACUUAAUUAUCGGCUUCAUGUUUAGUUCUUCAGAGCAUCUUGUUCGAUCUGUCUGAAAUAUACCUCUCGGAGGUGAAGAGAAGAUGAGAGCAAACAGCUAAUCGAUUGUUUCUGUCUUCUGGCGUCAGGAGAAGAAGAGCAGCUGCAAUUGAGUGUUUGAAAACAAAAGGAGUAUGUGUUAAAAUAAAGGCAGCAAAGCUUGUGUCAUGUAUGAAAUGCAAAAGUGAUUAGGAAAAUGUCAACUAGAUGUAGUCGGCAAAUGAUAAGACCAAUAUUCUGCUUCAGUCUAUUCAAUUUGUGCUGUUGUAUUAGAAGUGCUGUAGCUUAUGAAUACAGAAAAGAAGUUUAAAUGUUAAUAAUAAAAAAAGCUGUGUUGUUUCAAAGGAAAAAUAAAAUCACUUUGUCCCGCAGCUAAGAACUCGUUGUCCAGUUUUACUGUGAACAUUUCCUUUGGAAAUCUAAACAAGCGGCUGUUUUAAAUGAAAUUUAUCGUGAAAUGUGAUUAGUUCACUAACAGUACAAGCUCUUACCAGUGUGUCUAUGGAGCUGUUGCUCUGUUGUAUCUGGGUCAUGUUGUCCAACCUGCUGUAUUUCCCAGAGUGUUAGAAGACCUGCAUGCUGCCUGUCGUUGUGAGUCGCAGUAUGCCACGUCCUAAAUAUUCAAAUAACAACUUCGGGUCUGUGUCUGUUGUUGUAUUUUUUUCAGUUUUAUAACCCUGUAACAAAGAUAAUAGUAUGUUUUUACCAAAGUGUUUAACUCUCCUAAUCCUAUGUGCCUCAAUAAAGUUUGAACAUAAGAAAAAA